GUGGCAGUUGAAAUUCGAACCCAAUCAGAGGCGAAAUCUGUCUAUUCCUUGUCCUAGAGAGAGACAAACUCGUAUUUAUUUUUUGCGAGAGAGAGAGAUACAGCGAGACAGAGAGACAGACUCGUGGAGCGUCGCAGGCUUCGAUGCGUGGAAGCAGCUGACGGAGAAUAAUGGCGAGAUCGCUUUGGAAUGAGCCCUUCUUCAAAUGGGAGCGACUCCUUGUUCUCGUUACGCCUUCUGAUCCCUAACCGUGUUCCAAUCUCAUCAAUUCCAAUCUCUUCAUCAGAAAUGGCGGAGGUGACAAAAUUGUUGUACAUCGUUGUCGUGGAGGAUGAUGAAGAAGAGAGGAGAGAGAAAGAGAAAGAGUCGUUCCGGUACACGCGCCCUGUUCUGCAGAGCACUCUGCAGCUUAUGGGAUGCAAAGCCAGGCAUGCCUUUAAGAUUAGCCAACGGGUUUUUGAAUUGAUGAAAAGCAAAUGCUCUGUGGAGGCUUGGGUUUCAACUGAAGUUGAGAUUUCGGAACUUGAUUGUGCCAAAGGACAGUCUCAGAAAGAAAAUAAUUGCUUUUCUAAUGGGUUUUCAGAUAAAGCAGAUGGGGUUCACCAUUUGGGUCUGGAAAAAGAUGCCAAAAGUAAGAGUAAGCCAUUUGAAUCGUACAAACGGCGCACGACUAUGGUUGUUAGAAGGAAAACUUUCUUAGAUGUCGUUUGUGAUGCACUGGCUGAGUAUAAGUAUGUGGGUCCGAACCAGAGAGCAGAUUUGGUUUUAGCUUGCAGAUUUCGGGAAAGAAAGGAAUCUGUAACUGUUCUACUGUGUGGGACUAGUGGAUGUGGAAAAUCUACGUUGUCGGCACUACUGGGUAGCAGGCUGGGAAUUACGACAGUGAUAUCAACUGACUCGAUUCGGCAUAUGAUGAGAAGCUUUGUUGAUGAAAAGCAGAAUCCCUUACUUUGGGCUUCAACGUAUCAUGCUGGGGAGCAUUUGGAUCUAGAAGCUGUUGCAGCAGCGAAGGCCAAAAGGAAAGCUACAAAAUUAGCUGGUGUCUCCCAGCUGCAAUCGAAAGAUGAUGUAUCUGAUGGUCCUGCAGUUGUGUUACCGGAAGUAGACUCUACUUCUGUUGAAUUGAUAAGUCCGAAACAGAUGGCCAUUGAGGGAUUUAAGGCACAGAGUGAAAUGGUCAUUGACAGUCUGGAUCGCCUUAUCACUGCAUGGGAAGAACGGAAAGAAUCAGUAGUUGUAGAGGGUGUCCACUUAAGCCUUAAUUUUGUGAUGGGGCUUAUGAAGAAACAUCCAUCAAUCAUACCAUUCAUGAUAUACAUAACAAACGAGGAUAAACACUUGGAAAGAUUCGCAGUCCGUGCAAAGUACAUGACACUAGACCCUGCUAAAAACAAGUAUGUAAAAUACAUUCGUAACAUCAGGACAAUCCAAGAAUAUCUGUGUAAGCGAGCAGACAAGCAUCUGGUUCCAAAGGUAAAUAACACUAAUGUCGACAAGAGUGUGGCUGCCAUCCACGCAACAGUCUUCAGCUGCCUUAGAAGGCGAGAGAUCGGGGAGCAACUUUAUGAUCCCUCCACGAACACAGUUUCUGUGGUUGAUGAGGAAUAUAGGAAUCAAUGUACUGCCAAUUCAUUAAGUUCAAAGGGUAUGUUCCAACUUAUUCAAAGACAAGGUUCCACUAGGCAUCUGAUGGCACUUCUGAAUACGGAUGGUUCUGUGGCAAAGGCUUGGCCUGUUAAUUCAAUUGACUGUAACGGAAAGCGCAACCUGGAUGAAUCCACUGAGAAUGGGAUAGGGACACCAAUGUAUGGGCCAUUGCAGAUUGGUAGGUGUGAACCUGUUAAUCUUCAGUUCGGCCACUUUGGGAUCAGUUCUUGGCCCAAUGAUACUGGUGGGACAAGUCAUGCCAGCAGUGUUGAUGAGUCCAGGGGUGAUCUCACAGAUAAUGGUAGUAAGUAUUACUCUUCCUGCUGCAGCUCUCCCAGGAUGUCUGAUGGACCAGCCAAGGAGCUCAAGGAGGAGCAAUCUGUGCAUGGUAGUGAUGAGGAGGUUGACGAUCCUCCUGAACUGGACAGCGAUGAGGAUCUAAGUGAUGACGGUAGAAAACAAUUCCAUGAAGAGAUGGAGGGAUCCGUGGAUGAGGAGUCGACCAAAUCAGAUGAAGAGUAUGAUGAUCUUGCAAUGCAAGAUAUCCAAGAGAAUGGCUACUGGUCAGACGAUGAUGAGUUCAAGGAUAAGGUGGUGCCUAUGUCCGGGAAGGAACCAACUUCAGAUGUUCUUAGUGUCCCUGGAGACAUAGAUGGGCCAAAUCUUGAUGUCUUCUCCAGAACUAAAAGCGAACCUUUUUCUGAGCUACCAUGUUCUUACUCCUCUGUACCAAGGGACAAGAAAAAUGAAAAGAGAGUGCCAUCUUCUGGUAAUGUCAAGUUGAGGAAACGCUCUCAGAGUAUACCUGCUUUUGGCAAGCGUGGUUCGGUGAUGAAGGGUCCCAUUUUCUCUGGAACCCCAAAGAGGUAGAGGAAUAUUCAUUUAUUUUUUUCCGGUUUUGCCCCCUUGCCUUUUGGACUUGCGGGGGAAGUGGGAAAGAGUAACAGGGUAAUUUACCUCCCUCCUGUGUAGAUUAUGUCAACGAGUUUGGAUGCUUGGCGUGGAGUUAACGUACUAAUUAAAUUUUGUCUUGCAUGGAAGGUCUCGGGCAUUCUUAGUAAUGCUUUCUGACCACAGCACACAGAGAGGAUUUGGUUCUAUCAGACAAAUCAAGAAAAAAACUGUGAGCUUGUUGAGUUGUUUC